GUUAUAAAAGAUGGCUGAUGCUGAGGACAUUCAGCCUCUUGUCUGUGACAAUGGAACUGGAAUGGUCAAGGCUGGAUUUGCUGGUGAUGAUGCUCCGCGAGCAGUGUUCCCCAGUAUUGUUGGCCGACCUCGACAUACAGGAGUCAUGGUUGGCAUGGGUCAGAAGGAUGCUUAUGUUGGUGAUGAAGCUCAGUCAAAAAGAGGUAUCCUCACCUUGAAAUACCCAAUUGAACAUGGCAUUGUCAGCAAUUGGGAUGACAUGGAGAAGAUCUGGCAUCAUACUUUCUAUAACGAGCUCCGUGUUGCCCCUGAAGAGCACCCAGUACUUCUUACAGAAGCACCACUGAACCCGAAGGCAAAUAGGGAGAAGAUGACUCAAAUUAUGUUUGAGACCUUCAAUGUGCCCGCCAUGUAUGUUUCUAUCCAGGCAGUUCUGUCUCUUUAUGCCAGUGGUCGUACAACAGGUAUUGUCUUGGAUUCUGGGGAUGGUGUUAGCCACACAGUGCCAAUUUACGAAGGUUAUACCCUCCCACAUGCAAUCCUUCGGUUGGACCUUGCUGGUCGUGAUCUAACAGAUUCAUUGAUGAAGAUCCUCACUGAGCGAGGGUACUCCUUCACCACAACAGCUGAACGGGAAAUUGUCCGUGAUGUGAAAGAGAAACUUGCUUAUGUUGCCCUUGAUUACGAGCAGGAGUUGGAAACUGCAAAGAGCAGCUCUGCAGUGGAGAAAAGCUAUGAACUUCCUGAUGGGCAAGUGAUCACUAUCGGAGCAGAGAGAUUCCGCUGCCCUGAAGUUCUAUUCCAGCCAUCGCUCAUUGGAAUGGAAGUUGCUGGAAUCCACGAAUCCACCUACAACUCCAUCAUGAAAUGUGAUGUUGAUAUCAGGAAGGAUCUCUAUGGAAACAUUGUCCUUAGUGGUGGAUCAACCAUGUUCCCAGGGAUUGCUGACCGGAUGAGCAAGGAAAUCACUGCCCUUGCUCCUAGUAGCAUGAAGAUCAAAGUGGUGGCACCUCCUGAGAGAAAGUACAGUGUCUGGAUUGGAGGCUCAAUCUUGGCAUCUCUCAGCACAUUCCAGCAGAUGUGGAUAUCCAAGGAUGAAUAUGAUGAAUCUGGUCCAGCUAUUGUUCAUCGGAAGUGCUUUUGAGCUGGGUGAAGAGAAUGCCCUCGUUGUCUUUUUCUUUUCAAGGUCCUGUGUGGCUUGUGUCAUAUGUGAGUUCAGUACAGUUUAGUUUUGAAGCUUGGGAUUGUAAGUUUGAUUACCAUAAUAUGCAUUUGAACUAGGUCUUAGGAGCCAAACCAUUAUUUUCAGUGGGUGGCGGGAGAUGAAUCUUAGUUAUUCAACUUGUUUGCAUGUUUUACAAUGUUUCAGAAACAACUUUUUUAGGUUCUUUUUAGGAGAGAAGGCAAGUUUUAUCAUCCUUUUUUUCGCCCUUUAUGGGAUUUGUGAGUUACUCUUGUUUAUUAUUGUGUGAGUUUUUGAUUUAAAUAUAUCCGUCUACAUUAAACUGUCCAAAA